AUGGCAAAAGCAGUGCACCAUCAGUGCAACUGCGCCAAAACGGCGACAGCGUCGCAAUCAUUGGAUGAACUAGAAUUUGAGCGAGGGAUUUGGACUGCUGCCAUUGAAAACGACGAAAGGAAACUAAGAGCAUUGAUCGACAAAGGACAUUUGAAUGACAAAGAUAAUUCGGGAUAUACGGCUCUGCAUUACGUUGCUCGAAACGGCCAUUUGCUGAUGUGCCGUAUUUUGCUAGAGAAUGGAUUGGGUGUGGAUGAGACAACACACGGUGGAGCGACAGCUCUACAUCGGGCCGCAAUGAUGGGUCAUGAAUCGAUAGUUAAACUGCUCCUGGCCUAUAAAGCCAAUCAUCUACUGCAGGACAGCGAUGGCAAAACGGCACUUCACCGGGCUGCGGAGAAAGGUCACGUCGGUGUCUGCACACUUCUAGUUCAUCAUGAUCCGGCGAUUGUUACGAUAUGUGAUGCCAAAGGAAGAAAACCACUGGAUACCAUUGACAAACUGUCACCAAAUUACUCGAAACUAAUGGCUCUUUCAGGUGUUUAG